UGCAUCAUCCAUAUCGACACGCUCUGCUCAUUGGAGUUCCCCAAUGUUGAGAGAGAUUUCGCAAUACUUAGGGCUGCAGCACCAAACAAACAACAGAAACGGGCAUUUAAAGAAAAUACGACUGUUUCAGCUUUGAUUUAAAUUGAAUUCAGUUGACUAAUUUAUCAGCAGGCAUAACACAAUAUCUAUAUGUUGAAAGGAAGCAUUGGCAAAACGUUCAUAGAUUCAUCAACAAAUAUAUUUAGCAUCUUCAGUCCUUCCAAAAUAAAGUUAGAUAACAAGAAGGUGGUGGAAGCAGACAUUUAGCCCAAAUGAGCAAGCAGUCACAGCAGAAAACUACUAAAGACCAAAACGGAGUGAGUGUCAUCCAGACCCAGGCUCCUACAAGUGGUUUGCAGCAAGUCCCCCAGCUGGUGCCAGUCAGUCCUGGUGGAGGUGGCAAAGCUAUGGCCCCCAGCAAGUCAAAAAAGUCUGCGGAUAAGGAAAGCGAUGAAUACCGCCAGCGUCGGGAGCGCAACAACCUUGCAGUGAAGAAGAGCCGCAUGAGAAGCAAACAGAAAGCUCAGGAUACCCAAGAGAGGGUAAAUGAACUGAAGGAAGAAAAUGAGCGUUUGGAAUCUAAGAUUAAGCUCCUCAGCAAAGAGCUGAGUGUCCUGAAGGAUUUGUUUCUUGAGCAUGCUCACAACCUUGCAGAUAACGUGCAGCCACAAAGCAACGAUGGCUCCACGACGGGGCAGAACAACAAAAACAACAACAACACUGGACAGUAGGCAACAAGAAAGUUCACAGUAUUCAUCAAAGUCUUUUGAGAAUAUUUUCUAUAAUAUUUUAGGUUUUAAGAUAUCUUUAAGUGGAUUUGGCUAAAGGGGAUUGUUAUUUUUUUUAAAUGUUUUUUCUACUAAAUCAUGCCUUAGUCGAUUGACCAGCUGUGUCUUUAGGCUACUGUAUAAUAAUUUCUGACUUUCCCAAUUACCCAAUAAUGCAUAUGCAAAUGUCUGUAGUGUAUACUUGCAUUUAUAAUCACAGUAUGCAUAAACUACUCACUGUUUUGACUGGAAAGCAUGUCCACUGUACUACACUUUCAGUGAUGUUGCUGUGAUUAACUGUCCUGGUAAAGGCACCAAGAAUUUGAUUACAACAAAAAAAAAUUGGUGAUAAAUUAGUUAGACAAAGUAAAUACAAAUUUAAACUUGAGUUACUUCUAGGUUUGAUGUCAGUGUCAUUCACGCAUUUGACUCAAUUAAUGCAUUUGAGUCUAAGUAACCAACUACAUACAUUUAAGCCUGAUGGGUGCAGAAAUCGCACAAUUUGCCAGGAUAGUUUCAUCUAAAAGAGAACCCUAAAACAGAACAGAAUCACUGUCAACAAGUUCAUGGAGGUCAGACGUGACUCAGACUUCAGAGUGAAUUCAGAAGGAUUGCCAACAUCAUACAAUAAAUGCAUUUGAUGGUUUGUUCACAUAAAAAUAAUAAAAUAUUUUAACAUGUAA